AUCGAGCUUCGACAAGUUUGGCAAAAAAAAAUGAGGCAAUGGCUGCCAACGCUGCUGAGCUCACAUGAGCGACAAGAGACCGUGAUCAAAUUAGUGUGCGACCAGAAGAGACGAGUCCCUUAAGUACAGUACAGUAUACUUUAGGAUUUCUUGGUCACGUGACUCUUGUGCCUCCAACCUAUCAUUUACCAGCUGGCCGUCAGCGCUCACAAUAUACGACAGGAUGGCAGGAGAGCCAAUGUCAUGUGACUGUUUUGUUUCAUUGCCGCCUGGCUCUCUUGAUAACCAUGUUAUUUUUGGGAAGAACUCCGACCGUCCCCGGGAUGAGGUGCAGGAGGUAGUCCACUACCUCUCAACAUCUCACCCUCCCGGAACCAUGCUUGAGUGUACGCACAUACAGAUCCCUCAGUUUGAGUAUACACAUGCAGUCAUCCUGAGUAAACCAGCUUGGAUGUGGGGAGCUGAAAUGGGAGCCAACGAUCGGGGAGUUUGUAUAGGGAACGAGGCAGUUUGGACUCGGGAGGCUGUCAUUCCUGGAGAUGCUCUGCUGGGCAUGGAUCUUGUGAGGCUGGGCCUAGAACGUGGUGACAGUGCAUGGGCAGCGCUCACUGUCAUCACUGGCCUGCUGGAGCGACACGGACAAGGCGGUCAAAGCAGGGAAGAUUCAGAACCUUUGAGCUACCAUAACACCUUUCUUCUGGUGGACCGAAAUGAAGCCUGGGUGCUGGAAACAGCUGGAAGACUGUGGGUGGCACGGAAGAUCUCAGAGGGAGUGACGAACAUCUCCAACCAGUUGACUAUCGGCACCGAGAUCUCUGCAGAGCAUCCAGAGCUGCGGAGCGUGGCCCGGGCACAGGGCUGGUGGGAUGGUGUAGGAAAGUUUAACUUCUCACAAGUGUUCGGCCUUGAGAAGCAACCCGUCCGGAUGGAGCUUGCCAAAAAGCGCUAUAAGGGGGGUGCAGAGCUACUAAAGCAACAUGACGGUUCUGUUACAGCAGAAGUGAUGAUGUCUAUUCUGAGGGACAAGCCCAGUGGCAUCUGCAUGGACUCUGGGGGGUUUUGCACCACAGGCAGUAUGGUGUCGAUACUCCCCAGAGACGCCAGCCUGCCCUGCAUCCACUUCUUCACUGCUACUCCAGACCCCUCCCGGUCCAUAUUCAAACCUUAUAUCUUCUCUGAGGAUUACACCCCCGUGCUUCAGGUGGUCUCCCCGCACUUUGGGCCUGUCAGGGAGCAGCCGCGCUCUCAAGUGGAUCGCAGACAUGACCUUUACAAGGCUCACCAGGAGGCACUUAACACCAUGAAGACUGAUCCGGACAAGGGCUUAGCCAUCUAUGGGAUUCUGAGGAACCUCGAAUCGCAGUGUUUGAGUGAGAUUUCAGCCAUGUUGAGUGGAGAGAUACCAGGCGAUGAACUGGGAAAUUUGUUUUUUGAUUGUGUGGACACAGAGAUCAAGUUCUAUCAAUGACAGCGACUUCAACCAGCUCAUUUCUACCAGUGCAGAGUGUAAGGAAAGGCCACGGAGAGCCUCUAGGAACGUUUAUCCUCCAACUUGCCUCUGCCUCACUGUAUACAUUGCUGAUACCAUUAUAUCAUCACUUAGGACUAGAUGUUUUAAAAUGUCUGAUCAUCAUUUCAACCUGGGAGCAAUGACCUCUGUAGUGUUAAGAAUGCGGUAGAUGGCACAUGCAGUAAUGUAGCAGUGGUUUUACAUUUCACUCUUGUAUGGGGUAUGUUGAAAGUAGGAUUUGUUGUUGGAAAACAAUGGGUUUUCAUGCGAUGGCAACAUGGACAACAUGAAAUGAAGACUGCUUAGAAUGACACCUGUUUGGGUUCUAUGUCUCAACAACAACAGAGGAAGCAAAACGAGUUCGAGGAAAUCAGCAAAGCGGAAGGACGGUCACCAUAGUCUAAAUUAACUUUUUUUUUUUGCAAAGUAUGAGAAAAUAGCAUGAAGUGUAAAUUUCCUAUAUUUUAUUGCUGAAGUCAACUGCACAUUUUCAAGGUAGAAAAAAAAAACGGCUGUUGUGGUCAAAAGUGCUUCUUGGUGUUAGAGGAAACAAAUACAUGAAGAAUUGUGAAAUUGUGAAACAUGGAAAAUAGAGAAGAUUAAAUAAAAUAACAUUUAUUACCAGAGAUGGGCACUUUACCCUAUUUUGCUGGUCCGGCCUCCGUCCGCGACCUGGGUACCCUUCCGUCAUCGACCCAACGUCCUUAUUCAUAUACUGUCAUAAUCAACCCCUCGUCCUUUUAAAGCGCUUCUGUCCCUCUAAAUAAACCCUACCGUACCUAAACAUAAUGAGGAAAAAAAAGUGAAAAAAAAGGCUUCUUCCAACUACUAUUCCUCUGCUUGACUGACCUGCCUUGACAGAGAUUUACAGGUAUUUACAUAGGUUGUGCAACAGGUUUCGAGAUAUGCCAACAGAGUCUGCAUAAAGUGCCCAACUAUCAAUUUGUGACUGGAAAACGGUUCGCAAUAGUUACCAUACACAAAUCAAGCACUAGCUAACAUUCACUGGUGGGGGAAAGGCUGGAGAGGAGAAACAGUGCAAGCGGCGUGCUUUUUAAAUAGGUCAGUGGACCCACUCCUGAACCAAUCGCAUGCUGGCAAUCAGGUAGGGCUUCAUGGCGCGGACACGGUGCUCCUGGAGGAGGAUGAGCAUGGUGUUGAUCACCCAAUUUGCUACUUUUCUAAAAAUGUUUAAAAACACCAGUUUCACUACAGCACCAUUGAAAAAAAAGGACUGGCAUUGUUAUUGGCUUUACAGUAUUUUGAAGUAUACAUUGGGUCCAGCUCUAGUCCAACUGUGAUAUUUUCUGACCUCGAGCCUCUUAUGUUUUUGUCUCGGAUGCAGAAUAGUAAACCAACGCCUGACGUGCUGGUCCUUAUUACGCCAAGAUUUCAAUACUGACAUUUGUUAUAAAGAGAGAAUAGGGGGUAAAUGUCAGAUUUUUGUCGCGUUUGUUGACAAUGUUGGUAAUUUGUUUUGUAUCUAUGUUGUGCUGCUAUGUCCUCUCUCUUCUUAGUGUGUGUGUGUAUUUGUGUUUGAUUGAAUGGAUGAGGAGCUGUCUGCUCCUCAAAUUGGGUGAUAAACACCAUGCUCAUCCUCCUGCAGGAGCACCGUAUCAAAGAAUACUGCAUCCAUGUGAAAAAAACAAGAAAAAAAAAUCACAAAAAUGGCUACAUUUUCUCUUAGAUGUGGGGGUGGCCAGAGAGUUACAAGGGGCCCUUGAACAAUGGCGUUUUCGCAGUAGAGAUGGAAAAUGCCGUGGAAAAAAAUCAAUGUAUUCAAGUUCGACAGACUUAGCAUGUGGCAGCCUAAGAUAGCUGCCGGUAGCUUCACAAGUAAACUGCAUUGUUUGUCCAUCCAAAAGUAGGUCUGUGAUUCCAGCUCGUCAUUGCCCACUUUGAAGUGUAGUCUAGUAGAUAUAUAGUCGAAAAAAUAUUUUAGUAGAAAUACAACAAGAACUCUUUAGAAUUCAGAUGGUUGAUUAGUCGGUGGUGUUUAAACUUAGUAAAUCAGAAAUUAAAGGUAUUGUGAAACAGAAAAUGAAGGAAAAGUGGCAAAAGCAAAGGGACAAAGGAAAUGGAGAUGAUAUAACAGAAUACAGAGGAAAUGUGAAAUGAGGAAAGUGGGGAACAGAAAGGAUGAAAAAACAGAAGCCUGUUUAGAAUGGACAAGCAAGAUAGAGGUAAAUGUACCUAUGGGGAAUUUCAAUCAGUUAAGCAUGUCUUAUUUUGGGUGUGAGAGGUUUAGGUUGAGAGAUAUUUGAUCGUAAGAUUAUUGAGGGUCGCGGGCGUGCUGGAGCCUAUCCCAGCUGUCUUCAGGCAUUGGGUCUGGUACACCCUGAACUGGUCACUAGCCAAUAGCAGGGCACACAUAGAUGAACAAUCAUUCACGCUCAUGCUCACUCCUAUGGACAAUUUAGAGUGUUCCAUUAAGCUGUUGUUGAUUUUUUUUUU